AUGGCUACAUCAGAGGGUGAUCAAAGGCCAAAGCCCAGUAGUCUGCGGUCGAUUAUUGCAGGUUCGACGGCUGGGGCCAUUGAGAUUUCAAUUACAUAUCCUGCGGAAUUCGCGAAGACAAGAACGCAGCUCAACCGUCGGUUACCUGACUCGAAAAAGCUCCCAUGGCCUCCAUUCGGCAAGGCAUGGUACGCGGGAUGCACUACUUUGAUUAUUGGCAAUUCGCUCAAGGCAGGGAUCCGAUUCGUCGCAUUUGAUUUUUUCAAAUCUAUGUUACAAGAUGAGAACGGCAAGAUAUCCGGACCACGGACUGUAAUCGCCGGGUUUGGUGCCGGGUUUACAGAAUCACUCUUAGCCGUUACGCCGUUUGAGAGUAUCAAGACCCAGUUGAUUGAUGAUCGCAAAUCCUCCAACCCACGCAUGCGCGGUUUUCUCCACGGCACCGGAGUAAUCUUCCGCGAACGAGGCAUCCGCGCAUUCUUCCAAGGAUUUUUGCCGACAACUGCGCGACAAGCAGCUAACUCUGCAACUCGUUUUGGCAGUUAUACGACCAUCCGCCAGUUUGCGCAAGGGUAUGUGGCGCCAGGGGAAAAGUUGGGGGCUGCGAGUACUUUCGCCAUUGGAGGAUUGGCUGGGUUCAUUACCGUAUAUGUGACGCAGCCGCUGGAUACUAUUAAGACUCGAAUGCAAUCUAUCGAAGCUCGAAAGAACUAUAGGAAUAGUUUCGUUUGCGCGGCAACCAUUUUCAAAAAAGAGGGAGUACUUACGUUCUGGUCUGGAGCUCUUCCGCGUCUGGCACGUCUAGUUAUAAGUGGUGGUGUUGUUUUUACAAUGUAUGAGAAGACGAUGGAGGGCCUGGACGCUUUGGACCCUGAGAGGAAAUAUAUAUAG